CUUUGCUCCUAAACUAAGUCUCUGCAUUAUACCUCAGUGUUAACCGAGUGAGCUGCUAAUACCCCGUGCAGCCGCCCUCCAUAGCAUUUUCAAUAAUCCAAAGUUCAGGGGGAGAAAAUUUGAAAGCAGAUUAUUUGCAUGAACAUGCAGCAGCAACUUCCUUUUCAUUGUUUUGGCCCUUUCAGCUAUUUUACUUGACUUGAUGUGGCUGUGAGUGAUUUUAAGGUGUUGGGACACUGAGACAGCAUUCCUCUGGAUUUCUGCAGGUGCUUUGGGGAAUGCUCAUCAGACUAGACUAGAACUCCCCGGUGCAACUUGUGGAGGCCUGUAAACAUAGAAUUAAUUCCCAAUUUCUUAAAAAUGGCGUUUGGUGACCUCCUGGAGCGGGUAGGCAGUACGGGCCGCUUCCAGGUCCUGCAUGUGACCCUGCUAUGUAUUCCGGUGCUGCUGAUGGCCAGUCACAACCUGCUGCAGAACUUUGUGGCGGCCGUGCCUCCUCACUACUGCAGGGCGCACGCAAAUCUCUCUCGAUACCAGCUCACCCCACAAGAAGCGCUGGCAAUCACAGUGCCGUUGGAUCAAGCUGGCAAGCAUCAGCGUUGUCGACGCUACGCUGCUCCACAGUGGCACCUUCUGGGGAGGAAUGGUACCUUAAAAUCACAGGAGCAGGAAGAAUUUGAUGCUGACGUUGGCUUGCAGGAAUGUACUGAUGGAUGGUCCUAUAAUAUGACUGAAAUGACCUCCACUAUCAUAAAUGAGUGGGAUUUGGUGUGUGAUCUACGCUCUUUGAAGCAAAUGGGCCAAACCGUCUACAUGGGUGGUGUUCUUGUGGGAUCCAUUGUCUUGGGAAGUCCUGCAGACAAAUUUGGCCGACGCAUUCUGCUGCUCAUUGCUCACUUGCUGAUGGCGGUGUCUGGGACGUGUGCUGCUUUCGCCACAUCCUUCCCCGUCUUCUGCCUGUGUCGCUUUGUCUGCGGAAUGGCUCUGUCAGGCGUGGGCCUCAACACCUUCUCACUCAUUGUGGAGUGGAUCCCGACCCAUGUGAGGACUGCAGUGGGGACCCUCACAGGUUACUGUUACACGGUGGGACAGUUAAUCCUGGCGCUCAUUGCUUACUUUGUUCGGGACUGGAGGUGGUUGACUUUGGCUGUGUCUUCGCCCUUCUAUGUCUUCUUCAUUUAUGCAUGGUGGUUUCAUGAAUCUUCAAGAUGGCUGGUCAUCAGCAGCAACUACGACCAGGCCAUCAAGAACCUAAAAAGUGUGGCAAAAAUUAACGGACGUCAUGAAGAAGGAGACAAAAUUGACAUUCAAAUGCUGCAGGAGUCAAUGAAGAAAGAGAUGUCAUGCUCACAGGGUACCUAUACAGUCUUGGAUCUGUUCCGCACUCCCACCAUGAGGAAGAUGACAGUCUGCCUCAGUGCUGUCUGGCUAUCAACAAGUUUUGCUUACUAUGGACUAGCUAUGGAUCUCCAGAAAUUUGGGGUGGAUAUCUACUUAAUCCAAGUGAUCUUUGGCGCUGUGGACAUUCCCGCCAAGGUUGUUAUAACCGUGUCCAUGAGUUUUAUAGGACGUCGUCCAUCCCAAAGUGGUGCCCUCAUCAUUGCCGGAGUCACCAUCAUGGCCAACCUGCUGGUACCUUAUGACCAACAGACGGUGCGUACCUCUCUGGCUGUGAUUGGUAAAGGCUGCCUCGCCGCUUCCUUCAACUGCUGUUACCUUUAUGCUGGAGAGCUCUUCCCUACCAUUAUUCGGCAGAAUGGAAUGGGCUGGGUAUCAAUGAUGGCCCGUGUGGGAGCGAUGGUGGCCCCCAUGGUGCUUCUGAGCGGCGACUACACACCUUGGUUGCCUGGUUUGAUCUACGGAGGAGCUCCCGUCAUCAGUGGUGUGGCUGCCAUAUUCCUCCCAGAGACACUCGGGUCACCACUCCCUGACACGAUACAAGAUGUGGAGGACAGGGGUUCUGGGAGAAGCUGCAAAACAUCCCCAAAGGAAGCAGUCAUUCUGCAAGACACCCAGGCAAACCUCCUGAAGCAAAUCACCUGAAGGCAUCAUGAUAUUGGAUACUGUAUUGGAUUGCAUGUUAAUGGAAAUAGAGUGAGUGCUGCUUUUUUUCUUUUAUUGCUGUCAUAUACGUAAGAGUUUCUUUUCCUGAGUGACUGCUGGAAUUUUGAGACUGCGAUGCUUGUUUUAGACAGGUCAACACAAUGAAGACAAUCACAUAUUAUGGACUCACAAUGUUUUGUACUUUGUACAGUAAAAUGCUCCUACAUGUC